UCGAUCAAUCUGAAUUUCUGACAAAUGUGGACUGUGGAGGUACGCAAUUGCAGCCACAGCUGCCAGGAGACCCUGGUCAUGAGGCUGAACCCAUAUUGGUUUCGCUAAAGGAGGAGGAUAGAUUAAUUGGCAUGUACAGUCUAUAUUGGCUGCCAAGGGGGCACUUAGCUCACUGAUGAAUUAGACUGAUCUUCUGUCGUCUGUUGAGGAGACAAAGGAGCUGGAAAAAACAGGCAAUGUUUGCUGUGUUAAAAUUCUGGACUGAUCAACAGAAUGGAAAAGCAGGCUAUCUGUUAUGAAACUGUAAGGCAGCACACAUAUAUGGAUCCUUGUGCAAACGCUCGGAUACUGCUCCAGGGACCUGUUUCUUUUCUGUAAGGGUUUCUAUUUUUUCUCUUUUUUGUAAUCCUGCCUCUAAGGUUAAACUUCCCUCCUCAACUUUGGCAGUUCCCUUCCCCCUUUUUGUGCUCAGCAUGGAACGUCUUUUGUUUCAGUUAAAUUCAGUCCUCUCGGUCUGUCACCUGACAGUCUUGUGGUUCUGGAUGGAUGUGGUUUAUUUCUAUUAUUAACCUGGGUUGGCAGCUGGUCUUCCUAACUGGAGUUCAUAGAGAUUCCGAAAACUGGAGCUUGCCUAAGGGACAAAGAUGCUUUCCAGCUGGCCUUUGCCGGAGUUUGAUCCAAGUCAGAUCCGAUUAAUUGUGUACCAAGACUGUGAAAGAAGAGGGCGAAAUGUUUUAUUUGACUCCAGUGCUAAGAGGAGAACUGAAGAUCCAUCAGUCUCGAAACUCUGCAGUGACGUGCAGGUGAAAGUCUUUGGGAAAUGUUGCCAGCUGAAACCUGGAGGAGACAGUUCUUCCUCUUUGGAUAGUUCAAUCAAUUCCUCUUCUUCAUCUUCUGAAACAAAAGAACAAUGUCCAAAAUUUCAGGGUUCCCGGUGUUCUUCAGAUGCUAAUAUGCUUGGGGAGAUGAUGUUUGGUUCUGUGGCUAUGAGCUACAAGGGCUCAACCUUAAAAAUCCAUCAAAUCCGCUCCCCUCCCCAGCUUAUGCUGAGCAAAGUUUUUACAGCUCGAACUGGAAGCAGUAUCUAUGGAAGUUUAAACACGCUUCAAGACAGCCUUGAGUUCAUUAAUCAGGAUAGCAAUACUCUAAAGCCAGACCACAGCACAAUUAUGAACGGACUGCUUGGAAACAUAGGUUUUUCACAGCUUUGCAGCCCUAGGCGGGCAUUCUCUGAACAAGGUCCGCUCCGCCUGAUCCGGAGCGCCUCUUUCUUUGCAGUUCACAGCAACCCUAUGGACAUGCCAGGGAGGGAGCUGAAUGAAGACAGAGACAGUGGAAUCGCAAGAUCUGCAUCUCUUAGCAGCCUGCUCAUUACGCCAUUUCCCUCCCCGGGCUCUUCACUAAACAGAAGCUGUGCUAGCAGUUACCAACGGCGCUGGCGCCGCAGUCAGACAACAAGCUUGGAGAAUGGGGUCUUCCCUAGGUGGUCAGUGGAAGAAAGUUUUAACUUGUCAGAUGACAGCACCAGUCCGAGCCCAGGAAUUGUCAGGAAAAAGAAAAUAGCAAUUGGGGUGAUAUUCACACUCUCAAAGGAUGAAGAAGAAAAUAUCAAAUUUAAUGAGUUCUUUUUCUCUCACUUCCCUCUUUUUGAGAGCCACAUGAACAAACUGAAGAGCGCAAUAGAGCAGGCUAUGAAAAUGUGCCGUCGAUCAGCUGAUGCCAGCCAACGGAGUUUGGCAUAUAAUAGGAUUAUGGAUGCCUUAAAUGAAUUCAGAACAACCAUUUGUAAUCUCUACACCAUGCCACGGAUUGCAGAACCUGUUUGGCUUACCAUGAUGUCGGGGAUGCCUGAGAAGAACCAACUCUGCCAUCGCUUUAUGAAGGAAUUUAUUUUCUUAAUGGAACAAGCCUCCAAGAACCAAUUUUUACCAGCUCUUCUGACUGCAAUUUUGACAAACCAUCUGGCCUGGGUUCCAACAGUCAUGCCGAAUGGCCAGCCACCCAUCAGAAUCUUUCUAGAAAAGCAUUCUUCACAGAGUGUGGACAUGCUGGCGAAGUCUCAUCCAUACAAUCCAUUGUGGGCACAGUUAGGAGACCUGUAUGGAGCUAUUGGAUCACCUGUCAGACUAUCAAAAACAGUUGUGGUUGGCAAACGACAAGACCUUGUACAACGUUUGCUUUACUUCCUUACAUACUUCAUCCGAUGCUCUGAACUGCAAGAGACUCAUCUUCUGGAAAAUGGAGAAGAUGAAGCCAUAGUGAUGCCUGGUACUGUUAUCACCACCACACUAGAGAAAGGGGAAGUAGAGGAAUCUGAGUACGUGCUGGUUACAAUGCACAAGAACAGAAGCAAUUUAGUCUUUCAAGAGUCGGAAGAAGUGAGAACCUCCAAUUGCAGCUGUAAAUACUGCAAGUGCCCACUUAACCCUAGUCAAAAUACAGACAGUGUUUCAGGACAGGAAAGAGAAGACACCCAGAAUAUCCCCAAAGUGGAGACUGAGGCUCCUUCAGAGGAAAGUGCGACUGCACCUGCGGAGUGCCAAGAAAGACCUGCUGAUGUGAAGCAAUGCAAAGAGACAUUGACCUCUUGCCUGGAUAUAAAGUUAGAGAGAGAGAUCUUCUCAGGGUCAGCCUCUGUAGAAACUUGUGUGUUGGCAGAGUCCAGACUGGAACCAACAAGUGGAUCAUGGAGGAGUGAGGAAUCAUUAGAUUCUGAUAAUCAGUCUGUUGAAGUAAUGAGAUCAACAGGUACAAUGGUAGAGAAGAAGCCGCCUGACAAAAUCUUAUCUGAUGCAAUUCCUUGCAGCACAGCUGAGGCUCAAACAAAGGUGACUUUCCUCAUUGGGGAUUCCAUGUCACCUGAUUCAGAUAUUGAGGUCCGAAGUCAAGCAGUAGUGGAACAAAUGGGCAGGCACAGCAACCAGGUGGAUACCAAAGAAAGAGUAACUGCUGAUCAGAACUGUGAAGCAAGACAAACCCUUGAGGACCAAAAAAGAGAUCAGAAUACACCUGAAGUGUUUGCUCAGGUUGCCAGUGAGCUCCAGAAUUGGAAUCCUUAUGGUGCAGAAAGUGCAAGCCUGCUUGAUGAAUAUUUUACUGAGGAAAGCUCAGUAGAAACCAGGACUAUUGAUGAUAUUCCAGCAGCCAUUCUAGAUUCUAGCAGUAGCUUAAAGUUUUCCCCAAAAGUAUAUAUAGAGAACAAAAGACCCCCCAGUGAAUUUUGUAAGUUUAUGGAAUCUGUUCGUCAAGAGACUUGCAAAAACUGCUUUGCAGAGCAAGACCAAAGAAACAAAAUCUCUAUGUGUGUCCCCCAUGGGGAUAAAGAGAACUUAGAAAAAAAGGCUGACCCGGGUGUGGAUUGGGACAUUCCAAGAAAUGAGAGCUCAGAUAGUGCCCUUGGUGACAGUGAAAGCGAAGAUGCUGGGCAUGAUGUUGUUAGAACAAACAGUAACUAUUAUGGAGCAGAACAAGAAGAAUGGGCAGAAGAAGAGGACAUACCUUUUCCUGGGUCAAAAUUAAUUGAAGUGAACUCUGUCCAGCCCAGUAUUGCCAAUUUUGGAAGGUCCUUGCUAGGUGGCUACUGUUCAUCUUACGUACCUGACUUUGUUUUGCAAGGAGUAGGAAAUGAUGAGAAACUGAGACACUGUUUGAUGUCAGAUUUGUCGCAUGCGGUGCAGCACCCUGUUCUUGAUGAACCAAUUGCAGAAGCCGUCUGCAUUAUCGCAGACACAGAUAAAUGGACGGUGCAAGUGGCCAGUAGUCAGAGGCGAAAUACUGAUAAUAAACUUGGGAAAGAUGUCCUAGUCUCUAACCUUGUCUCCAACCUGCUUCAUUCCACUCUUCAGCUCUAUAAGCAUAAUUUAUCUCCAAAUUUUUGUGUUAUGCACCUUGAAGAUCGGUUGCAGGAGCUGUAUUUCAAGAGCAAAAUGUUGUCUGAAUAUCUCAAAGGCCAGAUGCGAGUUCAUGUGAAGGAGCUGGGAGUGGUAUUGGGGAUUGAAUCCAGUGACCUUCCUUUACUGGCAGCUGUAGCAAGCACCCACUCUCCUUAUGUUGCCCAGAUUCUGCUCUAAAAUACCAAAGGGCAAAGACAAUAACUUUAUUUUUAUAAAAUGGAAUACAAGGAAGCAGAUAUGAACCAUUCUUGUCUGGGCUCUUUCUUGCCCUCAGGCAAAUGAACUGAGCAGCUUGCUGACUUGACUGUGUGCCUCUGCAACUGAAUGCAUAACGUGCAAACAAAUGAAGUUGGUUCCCCCUUCCCAGAGACUUGGAUCACUAGAGAAGACACUAGAACUUGGAGGGCUAUAAAUGGCUUGGGCAAUAACUUUCAAAACAGAUAUAACUACAAAUUGUUCAAAUUAGGGAUUACCAGAGGUAGAACUGUUUCAUAACCCUAUACAGUGCUGUUACUGUUUAUACAACAGAAUAGGACCAGCUGGCUACUUGAUACAAAUUAGGAGAGCAUUUAAAAUAAAUAAUGGCAAAACUUAGUUAUUUGCAACAGUUUCAACAGUAGAAUGCUGAAUACCUCUUUUUUUCCCCGGGAGGAAGAAUGCCAUUUAAAUGGAUUUAGGGAGUUGGGACUGUAGCCUGCUAAUAACACUCAGCUCAGAUUGGGUGGGGGGGCAUUUUUUCCAUGGAGAGGAUGCCUGGUAAUUCAAUCCAAGAAACAUGUAUCAUUUCCCCUUAAUUUGGGUGUGUAACUGAUCUUAUGCUUUUGAUAUUGUUCUGGUGUUGUGCUGUUAUCUAAGGAUCCAGAAAACCAACAACAUUUGGACUAGGAAAAUGUUAAAUGAAACUUGUCUCCCAAUCUUGUUAAUGUUGAUUUAAAACACACAAGAAUCUCUUCACCUCGAUCUUGUCCUAUUUGGUGUACACUAAAGAAAAGUUACCUGCCCUUAAGUCCCUUUAAAAUCUAGGUGAUUCAAGUGAUUAACUUAAGAACAUCUCCAUUUUACAGAUUUGAGGCAAUUAGUAUGAAAUAGAGAUAAUUUAUACCAUAAGAUCCAAGACUAGAUAUAGAAUGAGAGUACUGAAAAAAUAUUGCCCUUCAUUACUUAGGUAAAUUACAUAGUUUUAAAGGUGGACCUAAUUUCACACCACUGUUGCAUCAGCAUCUUUUUAAACAAGUUAUCCUGAUGAAACCACCCUUAUGGGCUUAAAUAAAAAAGAGAGGCUGUGUAGUUCCCCCCGCCUCAUAGUUUUGGUCUUGAUUAAACAACAGAAGUUAAGAUUUCUGAUGAGGGAGCCAUAAUUUAUAAGAAACAGAUACAGUAGAUGACAAAAGCCAGUGUGGCUAAGUAGUUAGAGUGUUAGAGCCCAGGGUUCAAAUCCCUACACAGCCAUGAAGCUCACUGGGUGACCUUGGACCAGUCACUGCCUCUCAGCCUCAGAGGAAGGCAAUGGUAAACCCCCUCUGAAUACCCCUUACCAUGAAAAACCUAUUCAUAGGGUCGCCAUAAGUCAGGAUCGACUUGAAGGCAGCACAUUUACAUUUUUUUACAGUAGAUGAACAGAUGAUAUUCUGAGCAGGCUUACUACCUCAAUUUAAAUAGUGGAACAUUGCAUGCUCAUUUUCCCUAGCAUCUGUCACACCCAUAAGCAAGACUUGAGACACCAAGUUGGAAUAGUGUUAUAUUUAUUGAAAAUAUAACAAAUCUGGAGAACCUGCAGGCCAAUUAACCAAAGCAACCGUAUUCAAAAUGCAGAGGCAGGUGAGGAUUAAAACUCUGUCUGGUAGGAAAGCUUACUUUCAGUCCCCUGGUAUGCAAAUCAGUUACCGACUGUGGUUCCCCAGCCAAGGUUAUGGAUGUAAUUCUUCCCUCCUUGCUAGAUGAGCCUUGGGUGUGCACCCAACCUGUCCAUUCUGGCCCUGCUGUACUGGCAUUCACCCUCAUGCGCAAAUCAGGCUACAAAGGCACCCCCCAAGUUCCUACCAGGCAUAAAGCACUGGCGAUUCCCUAAAAAGUGCCCUUAGCCAUAGAAUGCCUCAGUGUACCAGCUGUUUUUCCCCAACUUCUGCACCUGCCCAAACUCCACACCACCAAAGGCAAGCCAACCUCAGUACUCCCAAAGGCAAUCAAAUUUUCUCAAGCAGUAUGGAGUAGACAAAACCAAGGACAUCCUAAAAGUAGAAUUCCCCCCCCCAAAAAAAAUUCCUACUCAGCUGCUAACCGGUGACUAGCAAAUCCCAAACUGCUGAGGGAGGGAGGGCACAGCAAAGGUAGAAAGAGGAAGAUUCAGGGGGAGCUUGCUUUUAAGCCAUGCUCAUCCUCUUUUCUGGUUGGCCAGAUGGCCACCACAUGGGACAUCCCCACCUCUCCCUUUGGGCAGCAAACUCCCAAGGCAUGUGUGCCCCCACUGAAAAGCGGAAAUGAUAUUAACCAUAUGUUUGCCAUUCAUUAUAUUAAUUUUUAGUAUUCUGAAUUUCAUAUGCAAAUGUUUCAUUUUUUGAGAGAUGACAACAUACUUGAACCACUUUGGUUAUUAUUCUGGGGCUGGGGUGCCCCAGAUGUCUUUCUUCCCUCCUUUUGCUGGGAACCCAGUACUCGCUGUAAAUGGAGAUGGUAAGAUGCAAUUCUCCUACUGUUAUCAGGAUCACCAUUGUCAUUCCAUUGGAUUAUGCCUGCAGCGUUACUAAUGGCAACAUAUUUUAGGCCUAUAAAAAAGUUCCAUUUAGUUUUUUAAAAAAUAUUUUCACAAAUAAUCACUUGUGUAUUUUACUGCCUGGGUGCUUAUGUAGCCUUUUAUAAAAAUUAGAAAGUCUACCUUCAUCUUCUGUAGCUUUGCCCUAUCUUUGAAGUAUGUGCUUCCCCGUUCAACCUUUCUAGUAUGGGAGUGACCUGUCUUCCAUUUAGGAUCACAGGAAGCUCCCUUAUGUUGAGUCAGACCAUUGGUCUAUCUAGCUCAGUUUUCUCAACACGGACUGGCAGCAUCUCUCCAGGGUUUCAGACGGGGCUUCAGCUGGGGAUUGAACCCAAGACCUUCUGCAUGCAAAAUUGAUUCUCUUUAUUGCUCAGUUACCUCUCAACCGCAGCUCCACUUACCUUGUCCAUUACAAUUGAACAGCUGCCAUGCUAUAAUAUAAAAUAAAGUAGUGUAUUUUAUAUUGUUGGGCCCCGCUCUGAGACCUACUGGUGAAGGGCAGGUAAUACAGUUAAUCAUCAUCAUCAUCCAUGCAAGACUGAGAUCAGCAUUGUUACGGCAAUAUCAGUAGCAGCUAAUAUAACUGCUCCUAAAUAUUAAUAGGUCUACAAGGUUAUCAGGAAAUUAGCACACUGUCUAAUGUGGAGUUCAGUGUUGCAAAUGCAGAUCUGUGACAUCAGCAUCUGAAUAGUUCCUACUACAUCUCUCUCACAUGUUAUCAAAUUCUUCCAAGCUACACAGGACAUGGAUUGUACCGUGAAAGACCAACCCAAAUUGUGUUUGCAUUUUGAUAAAUUUGUAAGACAGUACAGUAUCUCAGAGAGGAGGUCAGGUCUCCUGCUCCCCUGGUGCAUUCACUAUAGCUGCCCAAUUUCCCUGGUUUUUAAAGUUUGAUAGAUUUUAAUGUUUAAUGUAUUUGUACGUUUUAUUUUGUACGUCGCCCAGAGUGGCUGGACAACCAGCCAGAUGGGCGACUAAUAAAUUUAAUAAUAAAUAAAUAAAUAAAUAAAUAUCUGUGGGCUAUAGGUACAUUCCUAAACCGCAAGGUGUUUUUGCCUGUUAGUGAAUAUAGAAAUAUAAAUAAUAUCUUUAACUUCCUGAGCCUUUGGUAAAAAGAAUAUUUGAUCUGAAUUUUACCCAGGUAUUUAUUGUCAAAUGCCCAGAGUUCACAUUUUUAACUAAAAUAUGAAUUUGAGCAGUGUGGUCUAGAAGCCUGUCUGUAAACAAAAGUUGUAAUUGACUGUCAUAAAGAGGCUUUUCUGUAGUCUAAAAGGCUCACAGUUUACAAUAUUUUUUCCAAUUGUGACACCUCAUUUUUUCAGAAGAAUUAAUAAAUAAACACUUUCUUCACAAACACAGCGUCUUACAAAUCAUCAUUCUGACAUCCUGGGUUUUUUUUCCAGUAUGGAGAUUUCAGUAACGGAAGGCUCCAAGCAUUCCCGUAUUGAACCUCUGCAUCUCCAGAUGUUGUUGCACUACACAUCCCAUCAUCCCUGACCAUUUGCCAUGCUGGCCAGGGCUCAUGGGACCUGUGGCUGAACAAUGUCUGAAGGGCCACAGGCUCCUCAUCUCUGGUUUGGGAGAUUAAGCUUUUCUUAUCUAUGUUUUGUUAACUCUCUUUAAAAAUCAAAGACAAAUUGUAGACAUUUUAUCUGAAAACAUACUUUUAAGGCCCAAACUGCAAAAGAUGGUGGCAGGCCUAUGUCUAAAUGUAGGUAUACAGCAUUCACAGAUAAAACGUGAGGGAUGCCAUUCAUCAGUUUGUCCUUUGUUCUCCAAAUUAAAGCUAAAAUCCAAAAUACACAUUUUCCAUACAUAGUAGCUUUCCAUCUAUGUUUAUGAAUACAGGGAUUGAAGAUAGCUGUACACCCUGAUCUUACAGCUGUACCAUACAGAGUGUGAGUUGUCACAUAGCUGCGCAGGCAUCCUAUACAAAUGGACCAAGAAUGCCCCGCUAUGCUUUAUUUGGGUAAUAAAUAUAAGAAGCUGCCCUAUAUUGAGUCAAACCAUUGGUCCAUUUAGCUUAGAAGUCUUUACUUUGAUUGGAAGUGGCCCUCUCUCCAGGUCUCAGAGAAAGGUCUUUCUGAGCCCUAUUAUCCUAGAACUUUAAGUAGAAAUGGCAAACAUUGAAUCUGGAAUUUUCCAUGCAGAAAUAUGGACUCCACCACUGAGCAAUGGUUCCUCCCUAUUCAACUGCUUACUUCAGACUUGUAUUGUUGCUAGAUUUUAUGGUGGCUUAUAAAGGUACAUAGAUGAGUUGCCUCCAGUCCUUCUGCAUCCCACUUUCCCAUCCAUUUCUAUGUUGUUUCACAGCUGUGUGUGCAGCUGCUAUUCUACAUCCACUGAUGGUGGCUUCCACUCUUUCGGUAACAUCCCUUCAAUCUGCUUCUUAGGUGAGCUCACAACCUCUGUGAAGGGUGAUGAUCCAGUACAUCAACCUUUGUGCCUGAUCCUACAGUUACUUGCAAGUGCAGCUGCUUGUAGGAUCAGUAAGGCAACUUGAUAAGAUCUGUUAUUCAAGCAGGAAUAAGUGUUGCCAUAAAUGUAGUUUCUAACAUGCUUUCAAAGGCUACCCAUCUACCCUCAGCAUUGGGUUCAUUUGAGAUGCAAAAUUAAAUACUUUGAAUGCUCGUCUUAAUGAUAUUGCUGGAAUGAUUACUGUGCAAAGGAUAUUGUAGCAUGAUGGCAUGCCUUCCUGUGACUAAUAACUUGUUUAUGGUACAUGCGGAAUCAAGGUACUACAUACACCAGUUGGUUUGAAUUGUUUUUAAAGGGAACUAUAACAGCACUGUAGUGUUGACCUCUUUAUGUAUCAUGCUUUUCAGAACGAUGUAUAUACAAAACUAAUCUUUUUGAUUUUUGCAAUAUUCCCAAUGUCCAUUAAUAUGUCUUAAUUUUAAGGCUGAAAAUAUGUAAGUGUAUUACACAUACAUACUAGCACAUUUCUUUCCACUGCAGCUUGCAAAUGCAGAGCUGCCAAAAACAAAGGGGGGUGGUGGAAUCCAAAGCAGGAUUUUAAAUCUUGCCUUUCAAAACCCCUAUUAGUUAAGUUAGAUGUUUCAAGAGGGUUUGUUUGUUUUGUUUUCUGUCUCCUCUAAAUUAUGUAGAUGGUGGUAUGUGUAAUAUGCUGGGCAAAAUGUACAUACUUGUUAUCUUUUGUGUUUUUGUAUAUAUAUUUCCCAAGAUGUGCACUUGUAUUAUAAUAACCAUUCCCAAUUUUAGGGGAACUUUGUGCAAUAAAUACAAUA